UUUUGCAAGAAACAAAAAACAAAACCUAAACAAAACAAAAAGGCUUUCGCAAAUUCACCCAGUCAUUGCCGCCCGUUAGUGCUCGCCUUUAGUUGCAGUUUAUUAAAAUUUGGUCGAUUUGUACGGCAAAAUAUUAAUUACAAUGGACGAAAAUCUGUGCCGGGAGUUGCUGGCCAAUCUGCAGCUUGAACAAAACCGCAAAACCACGCUAUCGGAAAUAAAGAAGACACUGAUUUCGGGCACCAGCAGCACCUCUGUUGCUAGCAACUUCCUGAAGGCUCCGGAACUGUUCAACUGCCUGGAGGAUGGCAAUAGUGAGCAAACCCUGUUGGCCUGUGACAUACUGUCUCUCUGCAUGGGCAACCUAUCCAUAGGGGAUGGAACGAACGAAUUGAAGGAUGUAAUCGAAAAAUCUUUGAGCCAUUCCAAUCCAAAUGUUCAGGCAUUUGGUCUGCGUGAAUUCCGUAGAAUACUUGUUGGAAGCACCGCGUCGGAAUCGUUCAUUAAUGAAACUAUCAUUUUACUGGUCAUCAAAUGUUUGGCUUCGGAUGAAACUUCCGUUGGAACACCUUCGAUAGAUGUGCUGGUUCAGAUCCUUCCCAAGUUUUUGCAUAUGCGAAGCAUCCAGGCUAAUUUGGAUGAUCUUCUACGAUUCGCUACGAUUCUGGUGCCAGGGUUCAUGCGGUUCUAUGGUAGUAUUGCUGUCAUUCAUCCUGCCAAGAUAUAUGAAGGGUAUCCAAAAAUAAUCGGUAUGCUUUUUGACUGUCUACUGUCAGAAGAUUUAUCCAUGGCUCCGGUGGCCUACGACACUUUGGGUUGCAUAUCGUACCCAAGUGAAGGUAAACGGCAGCUACACUAUAAACAUGGUGCUCAACUGAAAGCGACUUUCAAGCACUUCAACACUGUCAUCCGCAAUUUGCCAAAUGAACCGAAACUUCGACUACUUUCCUGUCUACAGUUGGUAUUUUCAUGCGACCCGGCCACUGUCGAUAAUCAGAUCACCUCUAUAACGCAGACAUGGUAUGGCUACCUAUCGGAGGAAGAAUCCUUGAACCUGGUGAUGGAUUACAUCCGGAAUCCUUUCCCAGACAUUAAGCGGGCAGCGCUUGCUCUGCUUAAAGCUAUAAUUGGUCACCGCUGGGGCCAACAGUACUUGCUGAAUACCGGUGGCUUCAUCGAAUACCUGCUGGAUCGAAAGCGCGAAGCCGACAAAGACAUUAUUCUGGAUAAGUACGAGAUCAUACGAUUGCUGGCCCAGUCCAACGUUUUCGACGAACAAACUCAAGCAGAACUGAAGCGCUACGUGUCGGAAGGAGCUUUCUUUGUACAGGGCAUCACAGAAGUGGCCAUCGAAGGCUCAUCUUAAUCGAAACGCUUAAUGGCAGAGGUAAGACAUGAAGCGAAUGUCUACUUUUUACAUUAAUUUUUCGCGGUCUUCAUAAAAAAAACUAAAUUUAUUAACUGGAUUACGUCUACGUACUAAUUAAAAU